AGGACAGUGUGGAAGGGAAAUGUGGGCUCAGAGCCACAACACAGAGCUCCCACUGAGGCACUGCCUAGUAGAGCUGUGAGAAGAGGGCCACUGGAAGUGGCUCCUGUAAGGCUGCAAGGCAGCGUGGCCGGCGUCGGAGCAGGGGUUGUGUCCCCGCUGGGCUGCUGUCCCAGCUGGACUACCGCCAUGGAACUCAGCGCCAAAUACCUCCGGGAGAAGCUGCAGUGGGACCUGGAGGCGGAGCAUGUGGAGGUGGAGGACACGACCCUCAACCGUUGCGCCUGUAGCUUCCGAGUCCUGGUGGUGUCGGCCAAGUUCGAGGGGAAACCGCUGCUUCAGAGACACAGGCUGGUAAACGCGUGCCUAGCAGAAGAGCUCCCGCACAUCCAUGCCUUUGAACAGAAAACCCUGACCCCAGAGCAGUGGGCACGUGAGCGACAGAAAUGAGAGACUGGGAUCUACACAGCCAUUAAAUUAUAAAUCUGGAAAAAAAAAAA